AUGUCGCGUUACCGAGGGCCUCGUUUCAAAAAAAUACGCCGUCUAGGAGCUUUACCUGGACUAACUAAUAAAAGGCCUAGAGCCGGAAGUGAUCUUAGAAACCAAUCACGUUCCGGGAAAAGAUCUCAAUAUCGUAUUCGUCUAGAAGAAAAACAAAAAUUGCGUUUUCAUUAUGGUAUUACAGAACGACAAUUACUUAAAUACGUUCGUAUCGCCAGAAAAGCCAAAGGGUCAACAGGUCAGGUUUUACUACAAUUACUUGAAAUGCGUUUGGAUAAUAUCCUUUUUCGAUUGGGCAUGGCUCCGACUAUUCCUGGAGCCCGCCAAUUAGUUAACCAUAGACAUAUUUUAGUUAACGGCCGCAUAGUAGAUAUACCAAGUUAUCGUUGCAAACCCCAAGAUACUAUUAUGGCGAGGGAUGAACAAAAAUCCAUAGCUCUAAUUCAAAAUUCUCUUGAUUUAUCCCCCCGCGAGGAAUUACCCAAACAUUUGACUCUUAACCCAUUCCCAUAUAAAGGAUUAGUUAAUCAAAUAAUAGAUAGUAAGUGGGUCGGUUUAAAAAUAAAUGAAUUACUAGUGGUAGAAUAUUAUUCUCGUCAGACGUAG